CUCCAUCACUACGCGUUUCCGGGAGUUUAAACAUGGCUUCCGAGAAACUUCCGCUUCUGUGAAAAUGGCCGCUGACAACUUCCGGUGCGCCUUGUACAGCUGGAAGGUGAUCACUUCCGGGGCGGGAGGUUUGGUGGAGUGGGCAUGCACUGGCAUCUACUGGUGGAGAGACGCAGAAGACUGGUUGGUUGAGGGCCUCCUCAGUUUGGCAGCGUGAGAACCAUGCCUGAGAUCAAACUGAAGCACGUGGUCUCCUGUAGCAGCGCGGACACGACGCACACGGCAGAGAACCUACUGAAGCCGGACACGUACCGGAAAUGGAAAGCACAGCACGCCGGGGAGAAGCAGAUCUCCGUCAUUCUCCAGUUCGAGAAGGAAGAACAGAUCCACAGCAUGGACAUUGGAAAUGAAGGCUCGGCCUUUGUGGAAGUGCUGGUCGGACAUUCUACAUCAGUCAGCGAGCAAGAGUAUGAGGUGAUCCUGGGGAUGUCCUCCUUUAUGUCACCCAGUGAGAGCAAGGCUGGCAGUAACCUGAAUCGUACACGGAUGUUUGGGUCAGACAAGCUGGUAAAGGCAGCGGCUGAGAAGAAGUGGGACAGGGUGAAGAUUGUGUGCAGCCAGCCAUAUACCAAGAAUCUGGCCUAUGGACUUUCAUUCGUACGGUUCCACUCUCCUCCGGACAAAGACGACCCACCUCCCUCUUCACCGAAAGUCACCAAGCUGGGCCAGUUCAAGGUGAAAGAGGAGGAGAGCUCAUCCCCCUCCAUGCGUCCCGGUAGUCUGUUUUUCAGCCGCACAAGCAAAACGGAGAUGACUCCUCCAAAAGCUCCACAGACGAGCUAUGCAGCGGCGGCGUUACAAGGGGCCAGCUCCACAGACAGCAGCGGUGAAAAACCCGUCACUAAAACCCCACCGAGCAGUACAGCGCCAAAGGAUCCGUCUUCUGGCAAACGCAAGUUCGAAUUCAAAAAAGAGCCCUCCAGCCACCCACCGACCAAGGCCUCCCCAUCGCAUUCCAAAGAGAGCAACUCGCAGCCCCCACCCAAAAAAAUUAAAGCUGAGCCCCAGCCUGCACCCCCUGUAAAGAAGACCCCUCCACCACCAGAGAAAGCCUCGCACAAGAAGACUCCCCCCAGCUCCCAGCCGGUAGAGAUGAAUCGCGUCCUGCAGGGGACGGUGUUUGUGCUGAGCGGUUUUCAGAAUCCGUUCCGAUCUGACCUAAGGGAUAAAGCCCUGGAGAUGGGGGCCAAGUACCGACCAGACUGGACCCCGGACAGCACUCACCUCAUAUGCGCAUUUGCCAAUACCCCAAAAUACAGUCAGGUUAAAGGUGCGGGAGGGAUUAUAGUACGCAAGGAGUGGAUUCUGGACUGUCACCGGAAGAGGCAGCGCCUUCCCUACAAGAAAUAUUUGAUGGUUGGCACUGACAGCAGCAGCGACGAGGAGGACGACAGCGAAGACGACUCUCCGCCUCGACACAAAGCUCCGCCCCACAGAGCGAAUCCUGACCCCGGGCGGACAAAUAACAAGAAUCAGUCGUCCAGCCCUGCAAAGGCCAAACCCGCAAGGACCGCGGUCAAAGUAGAAAGCGAGGAAGAUGAGGAAAAACCCAGUGUAAUGAAAAGAGAGAAUCCCCCAAAAGAAGAGGAUGAAUAUGGUGGGUCUACAGACGAGGAGGACAGGGGUGGAGAGCGGUAUCCGGAUGAGGACUCUGGGGGAGACACGGAGGACGAGCUGAGAAAGAUGGAGGAGCAGAAGAAGGCGGCCAAGAAAGAACAGCACUCUCCUCCAAGAGCUGACCCCUACGCUGGGUCAACCGACGAGAACACGGAUGUGGAGGACGAGCCGGAGGUCGACCUGCCGAUUCCUGAGCUUCCAGAUUUAUUUGUUGGCAAACGCUUCUUCUUGUACGGGGAGUUCCCUCCCGCUGAACGCCGCCUGCUCCAGCGAUACAUCACAGCGUUCAAUGGGGAGCUGGAGGAAUAUAUGAACGAGAAGGUUCAGUAUGUGAUCACAGCCCAGGAAUGGGACGACAGCUUUGAGGAGGCUCUCAAUGACAACGCCAGCCUGUACUUUGUUCGUCCGCGCUGGAUCUACAACUGCAACGAGAGGCAGAAGUGCAUCCCCCACCAGCCGUACGUCGUGGUGCCGCAGGCGUAGCGCAUGGAUUACAGUGGUGUAUUUAUUUCUGAAGAGAAUCUCCCUCCAGCGCGCACACAAAUAUCAGUUUCCAGGAAAGCUGGGUGACGGCUGUAAUGGUGGCCAUUUGGAUCAUUACCCAGCUUUCCCAGAAACAGAACUUCAGAAUGGAAUGAAAUGACAGGAGGAAGACAGCAGCACAUUUCUUUCUUCUUCUUUUUUCAGUGGACGCUGUUUCUGACGGGUGUAAGUUGUUUUCUUAUAGGUCACUUGUUAUAGAAAUUCCACGUACUGUUGUACACAGAGUAUAACACCCAUCAGGCAGCGUUCUUGUGUGUAUAUAUUAGGUACUAGGGGAACUAACCAGCGUUUGAACCCACACUCAUUAGUAGAGGUCGAGGUGGGAUCAGAUCCUGUAGAAGAGUUGAGGGAGUCCUCUGAUGGGAUCGGAUCCAAGGUCUGCAGUAGAAGUCGUACAGUAAAACACCGACGAGACGAUGUGCACCAAAUAUUAUAUUGCUCUGAGGCACCUAAAGUAAAAAAGAAAAGAAAAAUGCAAUUGUGGAAAUGAUCUUGAUGACCUCUCAGCUCCUCCGCAGAGCUGUGUAUCUCCAUGGUUACAGCUACACUGUGUAUGGCCGCAUUCUGCAGCCAUUCCAUGUUCUUGCCCACCUACCAAAUGUAUAUCAGAUGGAGGUAGUUACUGCAGCGUCAGACUAAGCAGGCUUUAUCCAUGGAGGCAUAGCAGUCGUAGACAUAAA